UGUAGGUUAAUAUUAUGCCACUCUCCUCUGAAAUGCUUCUAAAAGUUGUUAAUAACGAUUAUUAUACGGCAAAACUGUUGUGCUCGAUUCUGUGUAAUGUUCGACCUUGUUUGCAUCAGUUUUGGAGAGUUUUGAGUCCGUUUAAUUUAGUUAUUUAUGAGUUUUGUCCGAGUAUUUACAGCUAACGCUAUCGUAAAACAGUAGCUUCGCUGCUAGGUGGAGAGCCACGCCACUCCUUGGUUAACAUGAGAGAUCCUUGAUGCUGACCCACAACACCCACAGCUCAUGGAUUUGUGUGUGUCUGCCUGUUAAUGCAGCUUCUGAUAUUAAAGAGCCAGGACCCACAUAUUGUCAUUCAUAACCCAGAACACAACGCAGGCGCCAGGCUCUGGUCAGACUGGGUCAAAGGUUUCCCAGCAUGAGGCGUUGUGACAAGUUGCACAGUGAUGAGAAGGAGGAGGUUAAGAGGAGGAGGACGACAAGAAGAGGUGGAGUUUUUGUCUUUUCUGGGAUAAAUGAGGUGUGAAGCCCCAAUGAGAUCCUAACCAGGGCUUUUUCUGCUGCAAAAGGAAUUUUAAAAGUAUUUUUGUUAAGAGAGGACAAAUGUUUUCAUAGUCAUUGUAGUAUGUGUAGUUGAAGUUGUUUGUAGAAACAGACAGUAUUUUAUAUAUAUCCGCAAUAUUUCUAAGAUUUUUCAACAUUUUUAGGAAUUGAUUCAGUGUGUUUUUACUUAAGUUAGGUCUCUUAUUCUAGGGGUUUAUUCUGCAGUAGCUCUGAACGAAUUAAAAUAUUAGCCAUAGGUUUAAAGUAAAAGCAACAGAGUGAAAGAAUAGGUAAAAAAUGGAGAACUACGAGGAUUCAGUAUCGUUUUUGGGGACCUGGGGCCCAUUCCAGCGGAGGGUCUUCUUUCUGCUCUGUCUCAUUUCCAUCCCCAGUGGAUACAACAUCCUGUGUGUCAUGUUCCUGCUGGCGAGCCCUCCACAUCACUGCCACAUCCCCAUCCACAGCAACCUGAGCCAGGACUGGAUCCAAGCCAUCAUCCCAGGACAGAUGGAGGCCGGACAGCUGGAGUUGAGCAGCUGUAGUCGGUAUGAUCUGGAGCUGGUACAAAACCUGUCUGCAGGAGGGUACACACCCAGCCUGGGUCACAACCUGUCUGUGCUGGGAUCAGGUCCAGAAAUCCUCCUCUCUGGUCUGAAGCAGGAGAGCUGUAAAGACGGGUGGACCUACAGCACCGAGUACUACGAGUCCACUGUUGUCACUGAGUUUAACCUGGUCUGUGGUGACCUUUGGAAGCAGCCUCUGACCUCUCUUGCAUACUUCCUUGGAGGACUGAGUGGAUGUUUAGUCUCAGGACAGAUCUCUGACCGGUUUGGCAGGAAGCCCGUACUCUUUGGUGCCAUAGCCAUGCUCAGUGUUUUCAGCAGUGCACUGGCCUUUGCUCCAUCCUGGCCUUUCUUCACUUUGCUCUUCUACAUGAUGGGUGUGGGACAGAUCGCCAGCUACGUCACUCUAUUUGUUCUCGGUUCAGAGAUUCUGGUUGGCUCAACUAGAGUCCUCUUCUCAGGCCUCAGCCUGCCUAUUGUCUACGCCUUCAGCAUGAUGCUGCUGCCUGGGACUGCCUACCUGGUCAGGAACUGGAGACACUUGUCACUGAUCAUGACCGUACCAGGCCUGGCUUGUAUGCCUCUCUGGAUGCUGAUCCCAGAGUCUCCUCGCUGGUUGGUGUCUUGUUGCCGUUUUCAGGAAGCAGAAAUGAUUCUGAGGUCAGCAGCUCUGAAGAAUCAAGUAGAAGCUCCACAGGUCAUCUUUGUCACAGCCAAGGUGGAAAAAGAAGAAAUCCAAGAGGCAGAGUCCUAUAGUUUGCUUGACCUGCUGAGGGCUAAAAAACUUCGAUGUCUCACACUGAUGCUGUGGCUCAUGUGGUUUUCUCUGGGCAUAAGCUACUUUGGACUCUCGUUCAACCUGUCUAGUCUUUAUGGCAACCCUUUCCUAAACUACUUCCUGUUAUCAGCUGUUGAGCUUCCUGCAUACUUCGCCAGCUUUUUGGCUGCCCGCAGUCUACCUCGUCGCCAGACCUAUAUGGGCUUUGUCCUGCUGGGGGCGCUAGCUCUGUUUCUCAUUCAGAUCACUCUACAAAGUUAUCCAAGCCUCACCCUGGCUCUCGUGCUGAUCGGUAAAUUUGGCAUCCUUGCCGGCUCUGCAUCCUUGUACAUAUUUACUGGUGAGCUGUUUCCCACCGUCGUCAGGAACACAGCCAUGUCGUCCUGUGCUAUGUUCUCCAGAGUGGGGUCGUCUGUUUCUCCAUACCUGGUGCAGCUGGCUGUGUUUUAUCAGUUUCUGCCGUGGAUUGUCAUGGGGGCUCUGUCACUGCUUGGCGUUCUUCUCUGCUUCCUCCUGCCUGAGACGUUCAAACAGCCAUUACCUGAUACCAUCCAGCAGAUGGCAGCUACACAGAGAUUAAGGCUGCCAUGGACCUCAGCGCCUCCGAAGGAUGAUGGGAAAUUAACAAAAGACCAGACUAUUGCACCGGAGAUCAUCUGCACCACUCACCUAUAACACAUAAAACAGCUACAGUCAAAACAAUAAAACCAAACCAUGAUGUGUCUGUAAAUCAGAUCUUCCUUCUGUGAGUAGGGUGUUGUUACUCUUUGUGUCCACCAGAUGCCGACACGCCAUCUCAGGGAGAGGGGCUGCAAAGCAUAUGGUGAUGCAUUCACUGACAAAAAGUUAUAAAAAAGAAGUGCAUAUGAUUAAUUUAUUUCUGUCAGAUGCUUUAUCUUCAGCAGGGGCAGACUGCUUUGUCAACAGAAGAAACUAUUUCUAUGCUUGGAAGAAAAACAACAUUUGAGGACUGACUAUGCUUUUUCUGUCAUGACUCAGAGGGCGUUAUGAUAAAACACAGUAGUUUAUUUUACUUUUUUCAUUUUUCAAUCUAGUUUACUUUGUUUUACAUCAUAAAUAAUAAAAACAUGAUUGAGUUUGAAUAAAUAUUGUGAAUUUAAUUAAUGUGUGAAAGUUGAUCUGAAAGUGAAUUCUGUGUGACUCCAGGAGGUAAGACCUUCUAGCAGCAGCAGUGUAUGUGGUUACAAGAUUUAGAGCUGGUUAUCUAAAACAUGUUUUGGUUAUGUAC